AUGAGUAAGACAAGAGACUACAGUGAUUCGCUGAGUCAUAUGCAAAAGAUUCCUAAGACUCAUCAAGGACGACGGCCUUUUUUUAAGAGAAUUGCACAGAGACUGAGAACAUGCAAAUUUUUGGAAGAGUUAGAUGUGGCAAACGGUAAUAUUCAAAUCUUCAACUCAUUGUAUAUGGAUGGAUUUGGUUGGACGGUUGUUUCCAUUUUCUUUCGUGCAUGCUGCGGUAUGAGUAGUGUGAGCCUUCCACUUCCAGAUCAGGCCUCAGUAUCCUCAGAUGGUACCAUGCAAGAUUUGUUUGCCUUGGAUUUCAGCAUUCAGCCUCAAUUCCUCAGCAGCUUACUCUGA